AUGUUCCCUGCUUUAGCGUCUGACCUAGCUCAAACCCCGAAUAUUACUGCCACUCUUGAUGUUACUCGAUGUUCAGCUAAUUUUUCCCCGGGCAUUUGGGGUGAUCAUUUUCUGUCAUAUGCUUCCAUGGAAGCGGCAGACAGUAAAAGUAUGAACCAUGUCAAAGACUUGAAGGAAGAACUGAAGAGGAUGAUAAUGGCUCCAACGAAAAGGCCUUCACAAAAGUUGCACUUCAUCAACCACAUUCAGUGCUUAGGUGUCUCAUACCAUUUGGAAGAUGAGAUUGACCAAAUUUUGCAGCAAGUUCACCGAGAAGAAGAAUAUGAUGAUCUUUGCACCACUGCUCUAAGCUUUCGAUUGCUUAGACAACAUGAUAUGUUUAACAAGUUCAAGGAUGGUGAUGGGAAAUUUAAAGAAUCGCUUGUUAAUGAUGUAGUCGGCCUGUUAAGCUUGUAUGAAGCCUCGCAUCUUCAGAUGCCUGGGGAGGAUUUACUAAACGAGGCACUAACCUUCUCCACCGCUCAUCUCAUGUCUGCAGCACACCGUUUAAGCUCAUCAUCUCAGCUUUCAAAACAAGUAACUCAUGCCUUGUAUCAGCCCCUUUGGAAGGGCAUGCCAAGGAUUGAAGCGAGGCAUCACUUGUCUCUGAUAACAUGA